CAGCGAUGGCGGUCGUUCGUUCGUCAUCAACAUCAUCAUUUCUUAAGAAAAAGAUCUAAUCUUCAAUUCGCCCACCAUUCUAUUUCAAAUUUCACUCUUUUCGAUAAAUGCAAAGUAUAUAUGAACAAGAUACGUCGUUAUCCCAUCUCAUUGUGACACUCGUCGAUACCUCCUGUCUUGAAACGGACAAUUUUGAUUCGUGAGAAUCGGCGCUGACAGAAUCAAGAUUCGUCAUUUACAGGUAUUACUUAAUAAAUGCUGAUUUCUCGAUGAAUAGUGUUUCUGCAAUAACAGGAGGAUCGGUUUCAAGCCCUAGCGAAGAAAGUUUGCGUAUAAAAUUUCUAUGUAGUUUUCUGGGUAGUAUCUUGCCUCGUCCUCAAGAUGGGCAGCUAAGGUAUGUUGGCGGUGAAACGCGAAUAGUGAGUGUGCCGCGUGAUAUCAAUUAUGAUGAACUCGUGAUGAAAAUGAAAGAACUUUAUGAAUUGACUGCUGUUUUGAAAUAUCAACAGCCUGAUGAAGACCUAGACUCGUUAGUAUCAGUUGUGAACGAUGAUGAUGUAAUGAAUAUGAUGGAAGAGUAUGAUAAGUUAAGUUCAGGUGAUGGGUUCACCAGACUAAGGUUUUUUCUGUUUUCUUAUGCUGACCUUGAAAGUUCUUCACAAUUCAUCGAUGCAGACGAAAGGGAAACUGAGAGAAGAUAUGUUGAUGCUUUAAACAACAUUAACGAAUCGACAGAUUUACGAAAUCGUCAGUUUUCUGAAUCACCUGGAGACGAUUUCUAUGUUGCAAGGAAUUAUGAUCUUCCAGUUCAACAAUUUAACUUGCGACAUUUGAGAGUUCCGCCAAUGGAUGGGACUAGAAGCCCUGUAUAUCACUCUCCAAGGCAUUCCCCUUCAUCAGCCCCUGUUUAUCGAGCCCCAUUUCCAGAAUUUCAGGAUCGGAUAUCCGAAGAACAUUGUUGGCAGCAACCGAACCAUGAUAUCUUUCCCUUCGAUCAUCAGCUACGUUUCUCCGAAAAUGGGACUUGGUAUCAUCGUUCUGGGGCCUUGCCAAGUGAGUCAGCUAGAUUUCCUUGCAAUAUGUUCAAUAUUCCCCACAAUGGUAAUAAUGGCUAUCACGAUUCACGCAGAAAUCAAGCAUGUUCUGAUUCGUAUUCGAAACAUGGAGAACAACUGCCCAUUGAGCAUCCUAACUAUCGCCAUGGCUUAUGUUUGAGAGAGCAGAAUGACCCCAGAUCCCUUUACAAUGAAUUUCACUGUCGUGGAAGAGGGUGGAAUAUGCAGCAUAUAUCGAUUCCUUCAAAUGAGGAACCAAGAUCAGCUAUUGCUUUAGAUGGACUGCAAAAUAGCCACCAUGUUUUAGAUAGUAAUGUUAUGCACGCUGCUAAUGGCCAUCAAUUGCCUGUGAUGUAUAAUGUUCAUAAUGAGGAUCCUCGGUUCAUAAGAUCUUCACCUGAACAAGGGAACGUAGCUGUAGCUGUAUCUGCAUCACAUGUCCCUAUUACUCCUCUUGAUGAGCGCGGGAUUAGGUAUGGUAACAUUCCUUAUUCUCGAGUAUCGAAUGGAUUUGCCCCAAUGCCUCAUUUAUCAGGACAAAAUAGUGAUCCAUUACACAAUGGCCUCUCUUAUGAACAAUCAACUUCUACUCAACUAUCGAAUGGUACAAGAAAAGACAAUCAAAACCCUUGUCAUGAACAUGGUUAUAGUCGGGUGCCAUAUUUCACUCCAUCCGCUCAUAAUCAAGAGAAACCGUACCUGAUUGGUCCCGGACUUCUUCACCAACCCUCUGAUACACCAAAUCUUGCUUCUCUUUUCGAACCUGUGCAGUUAUCAAGUGAAACAAUGACAAUGAAGGAGAAAGAUACUGAUGUUGAAGUAGAUGAAUUACUUCACCAGGUUACUGCAGUCAUGAAUCUACCUGAUGAUUUGUAUGUAACAAAUCCUGUUGACGAGUACAAGGAGGCUGCACUGGAAAAUCAUGAGGAGUUAAAGCCCGAAACUGAAGGAAAUGACAAUUAUGAAGACUCCAAGGUUGUGGCAGAAAAAUCUGAUGCAGUAGAAAAGGAAGAAAAUGGAAUUCAAUCUGAGGCUAUAGACACAGGCACAAACAUAGAGGAGGAUUCAGACAAUGAGGAUUCGGGGGAAUCUAAAAUAGAGCCGACCAAGGCUGAGGAAGAAGCUGUUGCUAGGGGAUUACAGACAAUUAGAAAUGAUGAUUUGGAGGAGGUCAAGGAACUAGGCUCGGGUAAUUAUGGUGCUGUUUAUCAUGGAAAAUGGAAGGGCUCUGAUGUGGCAAUUAAAAAGAUCAAAGCAAGUUGCUUUUCUGGGAAACCUUCCGAGAGGGAACGAUUGAUAGCAGAUUUUUGGAAGGAGGCUUUGAUAUUAGGCUCUUUACAUCACCCAAACGUAGUUUCUUUCUAUGGAAUAGUGCGUGAUGGUCCUGAUGGUUCGUUAGCAACUGUGACAGAAUUCAUGAUUAAUGGGUCUCUCAAACAAUAUUUACAGAAAAAGGACAGGACAAUUGACCGGCGAAAGAGGCUAAUAAUAGCUAUGGAUGCAGCUUUUGGGAUGGAGUAUUUGCACGGAAAGAACAUUGUUCACUUUGAUUUAAAGUGCGAGAAUUUGUUGGUGAAUAUGAGAGACCCACAUCGACCAGUAUGCAAGAUUGGCGAUCUUGGAUUAUCAAAAGUGAAACAACAUACAUUAGUGUCUGGAGGUGUUCGCGGAACUUUACCAUGGAUGGCGCCUGAGCUCCUUAGUGGAAAAAGUAACAUGGUUUCGGAAAAGAUCGAUGUGUAUUCGUUUGGGAUUGUGAUGUGGGAACUGCUAACUGGAGAAGAGCCUUACGCAGAUAUGCAUUGUGCUUCUCUCAUAGCUGGGAUUGUGAACGACACAUUACGUCCAACAAUCCCAACAUGGUGUGAUCCUGAAUGGAAGUCGCUGAUGGGAAGUUGUUGGGGGUCUGAUCCGUCUGAGAGGCCCUCGUUUGCUGAAAUCUCAAAGAAGUUGAGAAAUAUGGCAGCAGCAAUCAAUGUCAAAUGAAUGAAUUAUUUAGCUGCUAUAAUAUGUAUCAUGUCGCCUGCCCCUGCCCUUGUCCUUAAGACAUGUUCGAGAAACAUCUUUAUUUGCUGCGGCCAAUGACUAAGGAGAAGUCAUAUGUACUAUAAUCCAUGGAUCCAAUGAGAUCUGGGAAUUAGGUCAAAGGAUUCAAAUUAAUGCAUUAAACUU